AUGCGGCGUUCUUUCUUUGUUGCUCUACUUCUCCAACUGUCGCACGCCUCUGUGCGGGCGCUGAGUCUGUUUCCUACUUGCUCGGAAAAUGAAUACACAGGGGGUGGGCUUCCAGGCAAAGAGUGGGUGGUGCAAAGGUUUGACAAACCUGGGCGGAAUCUAACGAUUCACUGUCUUGCGUACGAAGUGAAACCGGUUGAUACCACUAACGCAAAAGACAUGGGCCCCGGGCCGUGCCAAAUUGACCACCAGACGGAAUUCUCGUUCCGCCUGUUUGUACGUGCCACGUACAAGGACAGUAAGUCUGGAGAGCAGGUUACGGAGGAAUACGAUGUGAAGGAUAUGGCAGGUGGAUCGCUCUCCGAUGUGGCAAUUCGACUUGCGCAUAAGUCAGACCUUUCGUUGGUGUUCGCUAAUACGGCGGCUAACCAUGAGUGUGGUCUGGAGGCGCGCGUCUCCUUCAGGUUUACACAUGACGCUAAGGUGGCAGCGGUUAGUGACGUUCCUGUACUGGUUGGUGUUCAACCGCGAAUUGUUCACGCAAAGAACAGUGUUCCGACUCGCUUCAUCUUCCGAAGCUCAGACAGUACGAAAGGGGGUGUCUCAGAACGCGAGGAGUUUUUCCUUAUCAGCGCAAAAGAAGAAUGCUCAACAAGCACCGGUUCCAAUAGCUAUUUGAUGAGUCACCCUUCCAGCCCGCCACUGUUUGACGAAGACUUCACCGGAGCUAACACUUCUACGUUCGCCGCCCGAGAUGUCUUCAUCGAUACCGCACGCGCCUAUCGUAUCUGUAGCCGCAAGGCAAACACGGAAGAUGUGACAGAGGUUGGUGUUGUCCGCAGCUUUGAGGUCAAUCCUUCGUACUACCAGGUAGUUGGUGGCCAGAAUGCUGACGGAAAAGUAUACGUUAUGAAGCGUACGACCAUCAAGUUCUAUGGAUCCGAUUUGGACACACGCCCCCGAAGGAACCAGGCAAAAUUUGUCUCAGAUACCGAGGAUUGCGACGCGUCCGCUGCAGGUGGCGUGCCAGAAACUCUUGCUCUUGAACCUGAAGAUAGAUUUGGACCAAAGGCGACUUCUGUGCUAUGGUCAUGGGUGCUCAAACGUGGGGGAGCCUAUAAGGUAUGCUUCAAGCGCACAGGAAUGCCGUGGGUAGAGGUGCCAAGUAUCGACAUCGUCAACAGUGCUGCCGACAUCACCAAUGCCGACGGUAACAUCACUUACAGACAGCCCGUUGACCCUGUGACAAAAGAACUCUGCCCAAUGGCACCACCCAACACUCCGGAGAAUAGGUGGAGCAUGUACAACAGUAUUAUGCUAACCCUGAAAAGUAAAACGUUACCGUCCAACUAUCUGCAGACCCUGAGUAAGGCUCUGUGCGUGCCACGUACGGCAAUGGCCCUGUCUCGCGUCACACACGGAAAGGACGGCCGUGUGCGGCUGUUCAUAUCAAUCUUCUGUGAGGAACUGGGUGAAGACCGCACAUGUGACACAGUAGAGCGUCAAAAUUACAUCAUAUCUGCAUCAAAGCAGGGUUCGGAAGCGCUUGCGGCGGCAGGCAUCGAAUCAGCAGAAGGAAGCAGGGAUAUGUUCGCGCUCGGUGACGACCCUAACCCUAGGAUGGGUUGGGGUCGCGUACUUUCAAUCUUUGCAAUAUGUGGUACAGUGGUUGCCGUCGCCUGCCUUGUGGUCUACGGAGUGCUUAAGUAUCGUGAAAACCGUCAGUACUUCGUCAACUUUGGAGUCGAAGACGAGGAUGUGGAUGAUAUGUACAUCUCCAACAUCCCAACCGCCGGUGCGGCGGUGAACUCGGCCGGUACGAAAGGCUCCGUCAUUGAGGUGGAGGAUUAG